GUCGAAAAACCUUUCCAGUUGAUGUGCAACCACAUGUAUAUAGUAAUAAUAUUUAUAUCUUAAAUACAGAAAAUAAUUCUUGGGUCUCAUCAUUUAAUAAAGUAAGCCAGGGAACUCCAACAAAUAGAGAUGGAACUCCAAAUAACCAGGGUGAUACUUCGACUGGCGAUGGAAAUAGCUCAAC